AUGAUUGUAAAUAUAGAAUUAAGUGGUGGUUUAGAGAUACUGUUUAGUAACAAAAAGAAUCAUCAAUUUGAGUUGAGUGGGGACAGUAUACCUUUGAAGCAAUUGGUUUAUUGGAUGCGUGAUAAUCAUGUAAAGGAGAGACCAGAGUUAUUCGUAGAGAAUGGAACUGUGAGACCAGGUAUAUUAGUUUUGAUCAACGAUACAGAUUGGGAAUUAGAAGGUGGAAUAGAUGCAAUUAUUGAAGAUGGUGAUACUGUUUCUUUUAUUUCAACUUUGCAUGGUGGUUAA